AUGUCACGACUGACAGAAGCUCAACGCAACAACGCCAUCGGCAAACUGCAAAUCUACAUCGGUUCAUACUCUUGCAAUGAUCAAGUUGCAAAUGACCGUGCAAAGAAGUUCAGCUCAAUUACGUUCACGUCGCUGGUCAGCAGUCGCCGCGGUGAGGACCAUCGGCUGAACGUAAUUAUAUCGAGGCUUAUAUUGCAACAUGUUCAAACAUUGGGAACAGUACCACCGUCUAUUUUGGAGGAAGGAUUUGGACCCCAAAUCCACUGUGAUGUUGAACCCGGAUGCAACGAGAAAUCUCACUACCGGGAAGCCGAUGGCAGGUGUAACAAUCUCGUUCACUCCAGAUGGGGGAGUGCAUUCAUUCCAAUGAGACGCUGGAUGCCUCCAGUAUAUGAUGACGCCCCAGCAGAGCAGAUGAACCAGAUCACUGCCUUCAUUGACGCCUCACAGGUCUACGGGUCAUCAUAUGAUGAACAGAUCAAAGUACGGACAUUUCAUGACGGAAAACUGAAAACUGUAAACCACGACUUCCUGCCACCUGACUUGGAGAAUAAAGACGCUUGUGACCAUCGGGUAAAUGAGAACCCCGGACUUCAGAGUAUGCACACUAUCUUCGUGAGGGAACACAACCGUUUAGCCAGCAGACUAAAGGAACUGAACUGUAACUGGGGAGAUGACAGAGUCUUCCAGGAAGCCAGGAAGAUAGUUGGAGCCUUCAUACAGAAAAUCACCUACGGCGACUGGCUGCCUAUUAUCAUUGGGGAUCAAAUGGACUCGUACGGCUUGAGCCUCCUCCCUGCAGGAUACUCCAACGACUACGAUACCACAACCGAUCCCAGCAUCAGAAACGCCUUCGCAGCAGCAGCCUUACGGAUGGGUCACUCAAUGGUUCGGGUAUUCUUCGCAAGUUUCAGUCCAGACUAUUCUGACCUUGGCCGAACACCUCUGAGGGAAGUGUUCGAAAACACUCAUCUUAUUAUUAGCGAAGCCAAUAGAACCGUCGGUGGCUUUAUCAGGGGUUUGGUAACAGAAUCUGUACAGUCCGUAGACCGCAAGAUAUCACCAGAGAUAACCGACCACCUUUUCCCUGAUGGACACAGGUCUAUGGACCUUGCAUCUCUUAACAUCCAGAGAGGAAGAGAUCAUGGCAUACCCCCUUACACUGCAUACAGGAAGUUCUGUGGAAAGCCUAGUGUUACCAGUUUUGACAGUCUGAUAAACACGACCCAUUCUGCCGCCACAGUUAACAAGUUCAAGAUUGCAUACGACGACGUGAACGACAUCGACCUAUGGUCAGGGGGUGUAAGUGAAGAGCCUGUACCUGGGGGGAUUCUCGGACCAACGUUAGCCUGCCUUCUGGGGAAACAGUUCCAGGCUUUCAAGACAGGAGACAGAUUCUGGUUUGAGGGAGAUGACUACUUCACUAAGUUCUCUCCCGCCCAGUUGGCACAAAUCCGCAAGGCAAGUUUGUCUCGUAUCAUCUGUGACAACACCGACACUGUCACCAUACAGGAGAAUGCGUUCAGCAAGGGCGACAAAGUAGACUGUAGCUCACUGGACACGGUGGACCUGACCGCAUGGAAGCAGGAGUCGGGGUCGUGGAGUGGUUGGAAUGAAUGGGGACCUUGUAACAAGCAUGUCCAGACGCGGACACGGUCAUGUGAGCCCUGCAAGUGUGGUUGGGAGGGUCCAAAUGUUGACUCUCGUUCCUGUUGA